AUGGCCUUGAGGAACCACAGCACCGUCACUGAGUUUGUUUUCACUGGGCUGUCUACUGACCCCCACACUGAGGAUCUGCUCUUCGUACUCUUCCUGGUGAUCUACCUCCUGACCCUGAUGGGGAACCUGGUGAUGCUGCUGGUAAUCAGGGCAGAUUCCCGCCUCCACACGCCCAUGUACUUCUUCUUGGGCAAUCUCUCAUUCCUGGAUCUCUGCUUCUCUUCUGUCACUCUACCCAAGCUGCUUGAGGAUCUCCUGUCUGAGAAGAAAACCAUCUCACUAGGGGGCUGCAUGGCUCAGGUCUUCUUUGUGUUUAUCACUGCAGGGACUGAAGCCUUCCUGCUCUCUGUGAUGGCCUAUGACCGCUAUGCUGCCAUCUGCCACCCACUGCUCUAUGGACAGCUGAUGAGCAACCAGCUCUGUGUGAGGCUACUGUUGACCUCAUGGGGGCUGGCCUCUCUCAAUUCAGUUGUCAUUGUGCUCUUGGCUAUUAACCUGGACUUCUGUGAGGCCCAAACUAUUCACCACUACAUCUGUGAGCUGCCCUCUCUCUUCCCUCUGUCUUGCUCUGAUACUUCCAACAAUAUCAAUAUCUUGAUCUGCUCUACUUUACUGCAUGGGCUUGCAACGUUCCUCCCAAUCUUCAUCUCCUAUGCCCGUAUUAUCUCCACCAUCCUGAGCAUCAGCUCCACCACAGGCAGAAACAAGGCCUUCUCCACCUGCUCCUCCCACCUCAUUGCAGUGAUCCUGUUCUUUGGUUCAGGUUUGGUUCGCUAUCUCAUGCCCACCUCUGGUUCCUCCCUUGAUUUGCUUGCCUCCUUGCAGUACAGUGUGGUCACUCCCAUGCUGAAUCCACUCAUCUAUAGCCUAAAGAACAAGGAUGUGAAGACAGCUUUGAAAAGAAUGCUGGAGAAGUAUCUGUAAUAUUUUAAGUAGUGAACAGGACACAAAAUAAUAGAAAAUGAGUUUGUGUUGCCAAGUGCUUGAACUUAAGGUAGAAUUCUGGACCAUAUCUUGAAGGGGAGCCAGUACCAACCUUUCCCUGGCUAUACUGGCAAUAAAAAAUACACCAAAUAAUAUCUAGUUUUGCAUCUGUAGAUCUAUGGUCUAUGUUUUCUUUUUUCUGCCACGACUUUCUUUCUAGGACUC